UUCCUCUUUACAGGUUUAUGAACCACAGAGCCCCGGCCAACAGCCGCUACAAACCAACUUGCUACGAACAUGCUGCCAACUGCUACACACAUGCAUUCCUCAUUGUCCCUUCUAUAAUUGGAAGUGCUUUUCUACAUCGUAUGUCAGACGACCGAUGGGAAAAGAUAACGGCCUGGAUUUAUGGCAUGGGCCUGUGUGCCCUUUUUAUAGUGUCCACUGUGUUUCAUAUAGUCACUUGGAAGAAGAGUCACCUACGGACUAUAGAGCAUUGUUUCCACAUGUGUGACAGAAUGGUCAUCUACUUUUUCAUUGCCGCCUCCUAUGCACCAUGGUUAAAUCUACGUGAACUUGGUCCUUUGGCUUCUCAUAUGAGGUGGUUUAUCUGGUUAAUGGCAGCAGGUGGAACUAUUUAUGUGUUUUUGUACCAUGAAAGGUAUAAAGUAAUUGAAUUGCUCUUCUAUCUAGCAAUGGGAUUUUCUCCUGCUCUAGUAGUGACAUCAAUGAACAACACAGAGGGCUUACAAGAAUUGGCUUGGGGAGGCCUGAUCUACUGUUUGGGCGUUGUCUUCUUCAAGAGUGACGGAAUCAUCCCCUUUGCGCAUGCCAUCUGGCACCUCUUUGUUGCCCUUGCAGCUGCCGUGCAUUAUUACGCCAUCUGGAAAUACCUGUACAAAAGUCCGUCUUCAGAUUUGAUCCGACACCUAUGA